CUGCCAAUCACGGCGCGGGGCGGGGCCGGCGGCGGCCACGUGUGCGCGGGAAGCAGGAAGUGACUCGGGAGCCGGCGAGCGGCGGCGGCCGAUGGCCGUGGAGAGGGGGCGUGAGAGGGCAGCCCACCGCGUCCAGCAUGCUCCGAGGCCACAGCGCCGUGUUCCAGGCCUUGCUGGGGACCCUCCUCACCUGGGGGCUGACGGCAGCCGGGGCGGCUCUCGUGUUCAUCUUCUCUAGUGGGCAGAGGCGGAUCCUGGAUGGAAGUCUCGGCUUCGCUGCAGGGGUCAUGCUGGCAGCCUCCUACUGGUCCCUGCUGGCCCCCGCGGUGGAGAUGGCCACGUCCUCCGGGAACUUCGGGGCCUUUGCCUUCCUCCCCGUGGCUGCGGGCUUCACCCUCGGCGCUGCCUUCGUCUACCUGGCCGACGCCCUGAUGCCUCAGCUGGGCGUGGCGGAAGACCCCCACACGGCCCUGGCCCUGAACUUGGACCCCGCGUGGAUGAAGAAGUCUGAUGCCGAGAGUCCCAGGCUGCUCCUCCCCGCGAGCGAACUGUCCAUCCGGAUCGGGGGCGCUGGGCCCCUUCCAGACAAGAGCGAGAAUGGCGAGGCGUACCAGAGGAAGAGGGUGGCGGCCCCCCACCACCCCGAGGGCCCCGCCGUCCCCGCGUCGGCUCCAGGGCCCGCGGCCCCGCCCGGCGGCAGCAGCUGGAGGAGGAUCAUGCUGCUCAUCCUGGCCAUCACCAUCCACAACAUCCCAGAGGGCCUCGCUGUGGGCGUCGGGUUCGGAGCGGUGGAGAAGACGGCUGCCGCCACCUUCGAGAGCGCCAGGAACCUGGCCAUCGGCAUCGGCAUCCAGAACUUCCCUGAGGGCCUGGCGGUCAGCCUCCCCCUGCGAGGGGCUGGCUUCUCCACCUGGAGGGCCUUCUGGUACGGGCAGCUGAGCGGCAUGGUGGAGCCCCUGGCCGGGCUCUUCGGGGCCUUUGCCGUGGUUCUGGCCGAGCCCCUCCUGCCCUACGCCCUGGCCUUCGCUGCGGGCGCCAUGGUCUACGUGGUCAUGGACGACAUCAUCCCCGAGGCGCAGAUCAGGGGGAACGGGAAGCUGGCGUCCUGGGCCUCCAUCCUGGGGUUUGUGGUGAUGAUGUCACUGGACGUGGGCCUGGGCUAGCGCCGAGCUGCCCUCGAGCCCAGGAGAGGCUGCACAAGGACACGGACACGGACACGGACACGGACACUCCUGGCUUCCGCGGGAGCACGGACUCCUCCUUCCCGUUCGAACCUGUUUGCUUUCCCUCCUCCUCAUCUCCUUACCCCAUUGAUUCUGAUCAAAAACGGUCUGUCCUUGUCUCCCGAAGGGGAGACUGGUGUUAUUUGUGGAAUUCCCAGGGGUCAGCGGGACUCCCGGUUGGCCUCUGAGUGGGACUGCAGCUCAGGGACGUGUCUGCUCUCGGACCUCCAGGCGCUCUCACCAGACUCCAGGGCAGGCUCCAAGGUCACCUGCGGAAGCACGCUCCCAGGGAGAAGGCUCUGAGCACGUGCGCCUGGCAACGCGGAGCAGAGCGGCCGGGACACCUCUCCUCUGUCCUCCCGACCUGGGGCUGGAGCAUCGCGGACAGAGCCACCUCCUCCUCUCGCAGGCCCAGCGGCCCCGGGAGGGUCAUCCCUUCCCUGCCUCCCUGAGGGAGACCCUGAACGGGCUGGGGGCACAGACAGGGGAGAGGAUCAGCUAGUCUCUCCUCUCCUCUCUCCUCUCUCUCUCUCUCUCUCUCUCUCUCUCUCUCUCUCUCUCUCUCUCUCUCUCUCUCUCCUCUCUCUCUCCCCCCACUCUCUCUGCAAAGAUUGACUUUUUGAAAUUGAAGGAAUCGGGGAAUUGCGACCGCUGCGAACACAGCCUGUGAAAAGAAGAGGCUGUAGCUCUGUUCGGAGACCUGUGUUCCGCGCGCACCGUGGUGGCCAUGGUUUCCGAGUCCCCGUGACAUUCAUGUUGAUCCGUGUAGGCGCCUUCCUUUUUCUAAGCGAUUCGGGACACCCGCCAGCCGCCCGGACUCCAGCCCUUCGUUUACAUGUGGGCGGAGCCCCUCGCACUCACGUAGGUGCGGGGAAGGCCUGUGGUCUCUGCGGGGAGUCCCUCUCCGCUGGCCACCGGUCACCUGGAACCUGACCGGAGCUCCGAAGCCUGGAGAGCUUUGCCGGAGUUCGGCCCAAGCGCUCAGCAUGAGAAAGGAAGGACGGGGGAGAAAGAACAGAGAUUAUUUUUACAUUUCCCUUUUUAAAGCAAGCUUCAGCUAGUCUCUGACGUGACCCUAACCAGUGACUUGAACUGGACUAGCAGCCAGUCUUUCCCCCCGUGCGCGCGGCUUCUCCAGCAGGGGAGGACGUGGCUGCCUCUGCGGCGAGGGGCCGCCGUCCUCAUGGGUCACAGGCGCCCACGGGACCGAGGGGGGCGGGCCUCCCCCGAGGACACGGCUGGCGGCCCCGGCGGCCGGCGGCCAGGCGUCGUGUUGUCCACGCCUGCCCUGCCCUCUGUGUUUACAUGUCCCAUUGCUUCCGAGGUGAAGGAACACCCAGAGGCCAGCCUCCGGGGGCCAGUCAGUGUCCGUUCUCCCGAAGCCCCGAUGAUCAGACGGAAGACACGUCCAGGGGUCUGAGUGGCGAGAGGACGUGCUCCGGUGGCCGGGGCGUGUGUGUGUGCUGGUGUCUUCGUAUGUCGUUUUCUACACGAUGCUUCUUUCUGACGGACCAGACCUCAUAACUGUGAUUCAGGCCAAUAAAGGGAUUCUGUGUGG